AUGGCACCCCUUAACGUCUUAAUGGUCGGCACCGGCGAGUACACCACCGGCUUUGUCGGUGGUGGAGCUUCCGGCUCAGACAAGAAGGUCGGAGUGGUAGGUUUGUCCAUGUUCGACCUCCGCCGGAGGGGGAAGGUUGGCAAGCUGGGAAUGGUAGGCGUCAACGGGACCAAAUUUCCAGCGAUCCGGGAGCAUCUUCACAAAAAUAUCACGCUGGCAUACAACAACCUGGACACGUCGUUCGACUCGUACCCGGCCGAUGAUGUAAAGGACCCCGACGCAUACAAGGCCGCCAUUGAUGCGCUCAAACCCGGCGAUGCUAUCACGAUCUUCACUCCCGACACUACUCACUACCCUAUCGCCCUCUACGCCAUCGAACGGGGGAUCCACGUCAUGAUUACCAAGCCCGCAGUCAAACUUCUUGAGCACCAUCUUGCCCUCCUCGAAGCAGCCGAGAAGCAUGGGGUCUAUGUUUACAUCGAGCACCAUAAGCGCUACGACCCCGCAUACGCCGAUGCAAGGUUCCGCGCCCGGAAGCUGGGCGACUUCAACUAUUUCUACAGCUACAUGUCGCAACCAAAAUCGCAGCUCGAGACCUUCAAGGCCUGGGCAGGUGUUGAUUCGGACAUCUCGUACUAUUUAAACAGCCACCAUGUCGAUAUUUGCGAUUCCAUGGUAUCACAGCUGGGCUAUGUCCCUGUCAAGGUAUCCGCUUCAGCCUCUAAGGGAGUCGCCACGAGUCUUGGAUGCCAUGAGGCCACCGAAGAUACCAUCUCGCUUUUGGUGCACUGGCAACAAAUGGACGACCCGACCAAGCACGCCACUGGCGUAUACACAGCCUCGUGGACUGCACCGCAAAGAGCGGGUGUGCACUCGAAUCAAUAUUUCCACUACCUCGCCAAAGACGGCGAGAUCAACAUCAACCAGGCUAAGCGGGGCUACGAUGUCGCAGAGGAUGCGGCCGGCCAGCUGAUGUGGUACAACCCAUUUUACAUGCGGUACGCUCCCGAUGAGGACGGCAACUUCAAUGGUCAGAGCGGGUAUGGCUAUGUCUCGAUGGAGAAAUUCGUCGACGGCUGUCGGGCUAUCAAUGCCGGUGAGUUGAAGCCUGCGGACCUGGACGCUAAAGGGUUACCGACGUUGAGGAACACAAUCGCCACGACGGCUAUCCUUGAAGCAGGGCGGAGGAGCAUCGACGAAAAUAGGGAGAUCCGGAUCGAGCAUAAGGAUGGGGCAUGGAAGUUGAUUUGA